GGUAAUGUUACUGAAACCACUGAAACAUCUGACGGCAGUAGUCAGUUUUCGACAUACAAUAAUAAUUUACAGAUUCAGGAUGGAGGUCUAUCCUAUUCUAUGAAUAGACAACAACAGUAUCAGCAGCAGCCGUAUCAGCAAGAAUAUCACAGCCGGGAUGUUGGUAACACAGAUGACCAUCUUAAGGAACAUAAUAAACACGGAAAAUUCCAUAAUAUCUUUCAUC